CCAGCAUCCAGAGCCCAGGUGAAACCUCUAACUUAUGCUCUAAAUCCCAGUUAAAGAGGAAGCCGGAAAUGGGAGAAACUUUUUGAAGGCAGCUGGGCUAUCUGGUCCAAUCACAGCUGUAACUGGAUUCCCUACCUGUGUGAUGGUGUCCUUUUGAUCCUCUCAUGUGAAGCAGCCCAGAAAGAAGAUAUUGUGCUGCUUUAGUUGUCCUGUUUUGCAGCACAUUAAGGGUAAUGGAAGGUGACGGUGACAUUGUACAUUGUGGAUCUUCAUUUGUGAAAAUUGAAAGGCCUCAACUUGUGGAAAAGAGCAAUACCACAUCAGAAGUGUGGAGAUACUUUGGCUUCCAACCUGGUUGUGAUGGUAGACCAGAAAACAUUGAAACCCCAGUCUGCAAAAUCUGUUUCCGUGUCAUUCCAGCAAAGGCCUCAAAUACAAGUAACCUCUAUGCACACCUGAAAUCCCAGCACCCUCAUAUUUAUAUAGAGGUGAAAGGCAAACCCAACCAGGCACCAACCGCCACAGCUUCAUCCGGGGAGCCAAGCAGAGAGCAGACGACCACAAUGCGGGAGAUCUUUCAGCGAAAAGAUAAAUUUGAUCCAAAACCCAGGGAGCACAGAGAGCUGACCAAGGCAGUGACCUACUACAUCACCAAGGAUAGGAUGCCUCUGAGUACCAUUGCCAAGCCUGGCUUUCAGCACCUCUUGAGCAAGUUCAACCCGAGAUAUGAGCUGCCAAGCAAGAACUACUUUUCCAGAGUAGCUAUUCCAUCGCUUUAUGCAGACGUUCGCAAAGUUGUUGAGAAAGAAAUAAAGAGUGGGGAUUGUUUUGCUGCAACUGUUGAAACAUGGACAUGUCGGAGUAAUGAAAUGUUCCUGACAUUUGGGAUUCAAUAUGUGGACAGCGAUUGGAUCCUCAAGAACCAUUGUCUGCAGACUCAGUAUCUACCAGAUGAACACUCUGGUCAGAGUCUAAAGUGUGCCCUUGAAAAUGUGCUGGAGGAGUGGGGGUUAGACCCAGUCAACCUUGUAGCUGUCACUACUGACAAUGAACCUGCUAUUAAACUUGCCUGUGAGUUGUUGGGUUGGAAAAGAAUUAGCUGUUUCAGCCAGAACCUGCAAUGUUCUCUCCAAAAGGGCCUUGAGGACUCGCGCAUUGAAAGAAUCGUUCAGCUGUGCCGUCAAAUAUUUUCUCAAUUUUCACGCAGUUGGAGGAGGAAGCGGGAUUUUUCUAUAGCUCAGAGUCAGAAAGGCCUUCCAAGGAAUUCACUGAAAGCAGAUGUUAACAACCACUGGGGGACUACUUUGGAUAUGUUGGAAAGGUUUCUUGAGCAGCAGGAUGCUGUCAGAACUGUAUUAGCUCAUGACCAUAAGAUGUGCCGUCUUGUUCCAACAUGGCAGGAUAUUGAUGUUCUUGAGUCAAUUAUAAGUGUUCUGCGUCCUUUCCGUGAAAUGACCGAAGCCCUGUCUUCUGAAAAAUUUAUUUCCAUUUCGGCAAUAAAUCCUCUUAUAAAACAUAUAUGCAAUGGUCUUGCAAGAGAGGAACAAGAGGAGUUAACUCUUGGUUUUCUAAUGAGAAUGAGAAUCAAGCGAGACCUUGAAAUGCAAUAUGGAGACCCAGAAUUGGUCCACUUUCUGGAGAAAGUCACAUUCAUUGAUCCCCGGUUUGGUCCCGCUUGCGUAGACAAUCUGGAAAAUGUCCUGCAGCAAAUUAAAGGAGAGGUACUUGCUGGCAAAGUAGUUGAAGAAUCAUCAUUAUUUCAAAUUGGCUUUGAUGGUUCAACUGUUUCUCCAUUGAGCUCUUGCAGCUGGUAUGAUCGAGAUAGUCCAGGGCCAAGUCAGCCAAAGAAGGCCAAAUAUGGAGGAGGACUUGCAAAGGUCUUUGGAAAGCAGAGUGGAGAUGGAGGUGCAGACAAAAUGGUAACUACUUCAGUCUCACUCCAAGAGCAACUUGAUCGAGAGCUGGAUUUUUAUUUCAAGGAGCCUAAGCUCUCCCUAGAGAGCUGUCCUCUUCAGUGGUGGAAAGCCACCCAGAAUUGCCUGCCUUUGUUGGCAAAGCUAGCCAAAAAGUAUCUCUGCAUUUCUGCAACGAAUGUAGCUUCAGAAAGAGCAUUCAGCAAUAGUAGUUUUGUACUUACUGAGUAUCGAAGCAGCGUGAAGCCCAAACAUAUGGACCAGCUGGUGUUCUUGGCAGAAAAUCUUCCGUGAGGAAAGGCUGUUGAAAAGAUCUGCCUUAAAAAUACAGAGCAAAAUUGUGGCAAAAACAAUCAAAUGUUCUAAGGAUGAUCGAAAAAUUAUUUAUAUCUGGACUACCUUCAUGGUAGGUUUGAAGACGUGGAGUUGACCAGUAAUUGUUAAGAGUGAAUCUAUUUUUUCCUGUCUACUUGCACAGUGGGUUGUUUGGCACUGCAAACAUUCACCAAGAGCCAUAUAACUGAAAUGUUCUUGCUACUUAGUUAACAGAAGUUGUUUGCCCCUUCUUAUCUUUCCGUUCCUCCCUCUACCCCAAGAUUGAUGUCUCAUGCUUCUGUGUUAUGCUUCAUUCAGAAUGCUGGAUAAGAACUGACAAAACUUAGCUAGCUGAGGUAUGAGCGACAAGCAUCCCUGCGAUAUAACUCUCAACCUUCUGGUUUGGAUUUGUGCAUUGACCAGCUUGAGCCAUUAGGUGGCUCCAAGGCAUGGCAUCUAUGUUUUUAUUCGGUUGACCAACCAAUACAUCAGUUGCACACUCCUGAUAUUAAAAAAAACGUUGGCUUUUUUAUAAUCUGCUAUGUAUGCCAUUUCUGUCAAUGUCUUGUGAUCUUAUCUGAUGCAUGCUCAAGUGAAAGUUCCAUCUGUAUUUACAGGAAUGAAUCUGUAAAGUAAUUCCAGUUAAUAAUUUCAGCUUAUGGGGAAGUGCACACUGACUAAGUAUCAAAAUUGAAGAACAUGCUAUAUGGGGAGUAGAUCCUGAUUCAGUGUCCCUAUUAACCAAGUAGUCUGAUGCUUUGAAUAUUUUAAAAACAUGUUUGAUAAUGUAAUUAACAUGGUGCUUCUGACAUUAGAGGCUCUUUAUGGGUUAUUUGAAUAUGAAAGAGUAGGUGGAAGAUGGGCACUGGUGUACUUAAAUUGACUCUGCUGUCUGACAAUAUUUUAUGCAGUUCAUUUUUAACAAAGACCUUGUGUAUAACACACACAUUUUGUCCACAAAUGGUACUGUCUGUAAUUCUUUAUAUGCCAACAUAAUGUAAAAAUUUAUAAUGGGAUUCUUUAAAGUAAACAUUUGUACAAACAUUUAUGUAAAUACUUCAUAAUGGGAAAACAGAAUGUAAACAUUUCAGCAUCAUGAUUUGUUGAUGAAUCACUCAAAUAAAAAAAGCAUGUAAUUUUUAUCAGUAACUAAAAUUUCUAAUGUCCA